AUGUCAGACUUUGCGCCGCCCCCAACCAGUGGCGAGGACCUCAGUUUACCAAAGGCGACGGUCCAGAAAAUCAUCAGCGAGGUUUUACCAAAAGACAUCGCCAUUUCUAAAGAAGCCCGUGAGGCCAUCACAGAAUGUAGCAUAGAAUUCAUCAUGAUUCUAUCGACGCAGCUGAACGAUAUUGCCGAGAAGGAGGCCAAAAAAACCAUUGCUUCCGAUCAUGUCAUGAAGGCAUUGGAAGAGUUGGGAUUCCACAACUAUCUCCAUAUCAUCUCGCGGGUGUUGGACGAGCACAAGGAGAUGUCGAAGGGCAAGGAGCGCAAAAACAACAAGUUUCUCAAUUCCGGUUUGACGGAGGAAGAAUUGUUGAAGCAACAGGAAGAGUUGUUUAAGAAGUCGCGGGCGCGGUUGCAAGGAGGAACCGCUGAAGAGGUGGAGUGA